AGAAAGGACCACUAGUGGGGGCAGUGCGACAGAGUUGCAAUGGGCUGAGAGCCACACUGCAUUACAGUGUACGGUGGAUGCUAGUUAAAUAUGCUAUGAAAUACCUCACUUACUACGCCCCAGUUAUAUGACUCGCUCGGGAAAAAACACAGUCCAGCCUCCAAGAUAACCUGCAAAGUAAUAGCCUACUCAGCGUGGAAGAUCCACUUUCAAAGGCAGACAUGUCUCCGUCGGUGCGGUUGCAGGAGAUGAUUCGGGUGAUACGCAGCGCCAGGACGCAGGGCGAGGAGCGAGGCGUCAUUCAGAGGGAAUGCGCGGCCAUCCGUGCCCAGUUCCGCCAGGGCGACAAUGGGGCCAGAUCACAUAACUUGGCCAAACUGCUCUACGUGCACAUGCUUGGGUAUCCGGCACACUUUGGACAGAUGGAGUGUGUUCGACUGAUUGCCAGUCCAAGGUAUAAUGAAAAGCGCAUUGGUUACUUGGGAGCUAUGAUGUUGCUUGAUGAAAAACAGGAUGCCAGCCUUCUCAUCACCAACUCCAUCAAGAAUGACUUGUCCCAUAGCAGCCAGUAUGUCCAGUCUCUGGCCCUGUGCACAUUAGCUUGCAUGGGGUCGGCAGAGAUGUGUCGAGACCUGGCCCCAGAGAUAGAGCGCCUCCUUAGAGCCUCCAAUUCCUACAUCAAGAAGAAGGCUGCUCUCUGUGCCGUGCAUAUUGUGAGGAAAGUUCCUGAACUUGGAGAACUGUUUACCCCAUCAGCACGUUCGUUACUAUCCGAGAAGAAUCACGGAGUUCUUCAUGGUGCCGUGGUCCUCAUCACAGAGUUGUGUGAACGCAACCCAGACACCCUUGACCAGUGCCGGAAGGCUGUACCAGAACUGGUUCAGAUCAUGAAAGGCCUGGUCAUGUCAGGAUACUCACCAGAGCACAACGUUGCAGGCAUCAGUGACCCGUUCCUGCAGGUGCGCAUCUUGCGUUUGUUAAGAAUUCUGGGACGCAAUAACGACUCUGCAAGUGACGCCAUGAACGACCUGCUGGCUCAGGUGGCCACGAACACGGACAGCAGUAAGACUGCAGGCAGUGCUGUGCUGUAUGAGACUGUGCUCACCAUAAUGGAUAUCAAGUCGGAGAGUGGGCUUAGGGUUCUUGCUGUGAAUAUAUUGGGCAGAUUUCUCUUGAAUAAUGACAGGAAUAUACGUUAUGUGUCCAUGACGUCACUUCAGAAAAUAGUCCAGACGGACCACAAUGCCGUUCAGCGACACAGGGGCACCAUUGUGGACUGCCUGAAGGACCAGGAUGCCUCUGUACAACGUCGAGCCCUAGAGCUGUCGCUGGCUCUGGUCUCUGCGGUGAACAUCCGCUCGCUGAUGAAGGAGCUGCUCCUCUUCCUCUCCAGCUGUCCGGUGGACCUGCGCUCCCACACUACCUCUGGCAUCUUCCUUGCUGCCGACCGGUACGCGCCCUCACUGCGUUGGCACAUUGACACCAUCCUGCAUGUCCUCACCACGGCAGGGGGUGAUGUUAGGGACGAGACCGUACCCAAUCUGAUCCAGCUCAUCACCACAGCAUCGGAACUGCACUGCUACACCGUCCACAAGCUCUACAGGGCACUGGUAGCAGACAUCCAACAGCAAUCACUGGUGCAGGUGGCCUGUUGGUGCAUUGGGGAGUAUGGAGAUCUGCUGCUGAAGGGGGAGUGUGAGGAGACCGAGCCAGUGCAGGUAACAGAGGACAAUGUCCUGGACGCCUUAGAGACCGUGCUGCAGUCUCACAUGUCGUCCCCGGCAACCAGGGCCUUUGCCCUCACCGCCACCAUGAAGCUCAGCACACGCAUCACAAACAAUGUGGACCGGAUAAGGAGCAUUGUCAGUAUUUACGGUAGCUGUAUUGAUGUGGAACUCCAGCAGAGGGCAGUGGAGUACAAUGCCCUAUUCAAGAAAUAUGACCACAUGAGGGCUGCUGUGCUUGAACGGAUGCCAGUGAUUGACAGGAACUCGCCAGGCCACAGCAACGGAGACAUCUCUGCAGGAGUGAAGGACUCUGAGCUGGUGCAGGUCAAGCAGACGCCGGCUGACCGGCCGCAGGACACGGCAAGCCAGGCCUGUGAUCUGCUAGGUCUGCUGGGUGAUGCGGACCAGCCCUCGCAACCAAGCCUAGUCCAGCCCAGCACCAUGCCCAGCUCCACCCCUGCCAGCAUGGGGGGAGGAGACCUGCUCGACCUGCUGGGGGGUAUGGACCCUGUGCCAGCUCCCACUGCUCCGGUUUACGAGAAGAAUGGGCUGACAUUAACGUUGCGGUGUGACAGCAAGACGGACACAGCGGUGACAGUGACUUUUACUGCCUCCAACUCCUCCAGCAGCGACAUCUCUAGUUUUACUCUACAAGUGGCAGUUCCCAAGAGUGUUCAGCUGCAGAUGAAGGCGCCGAGUGGGAAUGCCGUCCCUGCCCUGGGAGCAGGUCAGGUGACUCAGACUGUUCUCCUCAAUAACCCCAACAAGGUCAAUCUGAAGAUGCGGGUGCGUGUGCAGUACUCCAGAGAAGGCUCCACGUGUCAGGAUGUCCUGCAGAUCGACUCGCUACCUGCUCCCGCCUGGCACUGAGUGGCCUCCCCGCCCCCUCCACCUCCCUGUCUGGUCAAGAGGCCACCUCCUCUUCACCUCCUCUUCCUCCUCCUAGUGGCCUCUCUUCAGGCCCACGCCCAGCCACAGGGGCUUCAGAGACUCUUUGGCAGCUGUGUGAUAUGCUGGUUGGUUGGUUGGCUGGUUGGUUGGUGUGUUUGGUGGUUUGACCACGUGAUAUUUUUUGUUUGUUUUGUUUGUUUUUUUAACUUGAGCUGAGCUCAGGUGGUCACCGGCCUUUCCCUGUGACUGCUUUGUCUUUGAUGUUUCCGGUGUGGUUACCAUACCGACCCCGUAGUGGGGCUUCAGUGGAGACUGCUGCUACAGUACUACUCAUCACCGCAACGGUGGUCUGAUCGACCAUGCCUGGCAACAUUUUGCGAGGGCCUGCACACCUUGAAAGUUUGUUUUUCAGAAGGUGCAGCUAUUCAGGGUACUUCAGCCAUUAGUUGUCGGAUGGAAGAGGACACCAAAAAUAAAAUGCUGAGUAGUAAAGGAGCAGUGUCACGCUCUUCCAUCAGACAACUAAUGACUGAUGGACCAUGCCACCAUGGAAAUCCAGAGCCGUGAUGAAGUCUUUGCAGACCACUAAAUUAGCGCAGCGUUGGCGGAAGAUGAGGUCAUGUGUAACAGGUCGCUGAUUUAUCUCCCCACCCCCCCAUGGCCAGUGUUCUUUGUUCUACAAUACAUGAUUGAUUCCCAUGGACUUUCGACACCCCUUUGCAUCCAUUACCACAUACACAAACACCUGAAAAACUCUUUUUAACACCUCAUUACAUGUAUCUAAAGCCAUCUUUUUUGCCAGUGUUCCAGCUUCAUUGGCUGUCCAGGAAUGCGCUGACGGAAGUUACGAAUUAUAUUGAAUUUAGAAUAUUUUGAAUUUACUUCCAUUCUGAAGCAUUUUAAAGCGAAAGAUGUCUUUUCAAGGUACAGCUAAGCCAUACAUAUUGUGAGAGCUCGUGUUUGUGAAUGUAAUGCCUUGGUACUGCUAACAACUGGCCUCUCUGGCUUGUGAGAGGUUUUUUUUUUACUCUGGUAGCAUCACACUGGUAAGCCUGUUGUUUUGGUGCAGAGUACAUUGCUGCUUGCAAGUCAGUUUGGAGUCACACAACUGCAAUCCCUGAAUGCCUUACCUAGUACUUUUUUAAAAUACCUCUUUUAUUCAUCCCUAUAACAGCUCCUAACCUACAGAAGUGCUAUAUGCAAAGUAAAGGGAGUGUGUUUUCCCCCCAAAACUGGGGCAUUGAGCCCUGAAUGAAAUUUGUCUUUAGUGUUUAAAGUAGCUUAGCAUUUAAAAAAAUAUAUCCACAAUGGAACCAUGAACAGCUGGAGUAAUGAAAGGAUUUAAGUACAGGUACUUGCAACAAACGAUCUCUAGAUACUAUAUUAUUACAUCUUAAUACGUGGAAAUGAUGUACACGUACACCUGGUAUGGUUUCACUUGUUUUUCUGAGUCAAAUUGAGACCUGCAAGUCUGUGUUUGCUCCUGGCCCUUUACAGUUCUAUUGUGCAACCAAUAUGAAGUUGCUUGUUGUGUUCUCCCUUUUGGGUAGAACGUAAAUUUAUGAUUUUGAUAAACCUUGGUUUGGGGAUACCUCACCAUUCGGUUGGCAUUAUUUAACAAUUUAGUGAUUGCAGAUUUGCCGUCACAGGUGUAAAGCAUCAACCCCAACCAGUAUGCUUAACACUAAACUUGGUACACAACCCUCCGAUGAUCGAUUUAAUGUUUAAACUAUUUAACAAGGUCACAAGGGAAACGUUUCAAACCAGUAAAGGCAACUCUAUUACAGGCUGUUUGUGAUGUCAAUGUUGCAUAUAAGUAUUUUUAAUCUCUCAUAUUAACAUGCUGAAUGAUCAACACUAAUGUGGUCGCAUUAUCGUUUCCCCAGUUGUUUUUUUUGUUUUUUGUUCGUUUGGCGUUUUUUGUUUCGCUUUGACUGGAGAAGUGUCUCAGAGAGGGAAAUAAUAUGAUGUCCACUCACUACUCUUAAAUUAAUACAGUAAUACCACUCCUUGUCUUUGACAGCAGUCACAUCCUUUUCUGAAGCCUGUCCAGCCAGCAUUUGUGCAGAGGACCCCACCUUUCUUCUACCAGUAUCAAAGCACAACUGGUCUUCUAUACAUGUUCAGAGACUGGCCGACACAAAUUGUUCAGGAAAGUGAUUAAUAUUGUCAGACAAUACUGGCACAUUUAUAGACCAAUGGAAGGUGAUGUUUUGUUUUGUUUUGUUUGUUUUAUGUUAAGUGAGUUUGGAUUUGUUGUCCUGUAUCAUUUUUAAAUACAGUUUAUUGUAAACCUC